CCACUAGUUUGUUAUUUCAUCGCAAGCGAAGCCAUCCAAAAUGUUCGCCGCCAAGAUUCUUAUUUUGUGCAGUGCCUGCCUGUUGGCCAGUGCCACUCCUCAAGGAUUUGGACCACCUGGAGCUCCAAUACCCCUUCAGGGCGAGGAGCUGGUCGAAGCCCAGAGGACCCUGCAGGCUUCCCUUAACAGCCUGGCCGCCGGCGAAGGACCCUACUAUCGCAUCUCGAGGAUCCUGUCCGCAUCCGUUCAGGUGGUCGCUGGCACCAAUAACGCCUACGAGGUGGAACUGAUCGGCAACGACAAUAUUGUCAAGGUGUGCAAUGUGGACAUUUGGUCACGAUCCUGGCUGCCAAACGGCAUCCGAGUGACCUUCAGGUGCCCCAACGAACAAGAGUUGGUUAGGGUACACAAUGCUUAGAAAUAGAUAUUGUAAAUGGAUCAAAUACAUUUUGAUUUUGUCAAAGAAAUGCCUAUGUA